UACAUUUACACUUCCGGGUUUGUCUUUAAGUGAAAUGUAACAUUUCGCUUGUGAUGUAUGUAUGAAACUUGUUGCCCGGGCUGCGAAUAAAAGGUGCUUAUCUCUAAUCAAAGCGACACGUUAUUUAAAGACAAAAGAAACAGUGGCGAUGAAUACUGUCAUGCUCGGCGAAUGAGACUCUCACUAGACUCGCUCUAAUGGCCUGAUGUUGCACUGGUGUGCCUUAUGACCGGACGGACUAAAACAGCAGCAUGACGCGCCUGAUGUUUCUAGCAGCCGCGGUGUUUCUCUUGUCCGCUCCUGCGAGCGCCUCUCAGGGGGACAAAGAGCCCGUCUAUCGCGACUGUGUCAAACAAUGCGUCCGGACAAACUGCACGGGGGCCCGACUGCGCGGAUUCCAGUCCGCUCAACCUCCAUACAUGGCACUCACAGGCUGGACGUGUCGGGAUGACUGCAGGUAUCAGUGCAUGUGGACCACUGUUGGUCUGUACCAGGCAGAGGGCUACAGCGUACCACAAUUCCAUGGGAAGUGGCCUUUUGCUCGUUUCCUGUGUUUUGAGGAGCCUGCUUCUGCGCUGGCGUCUCUGCUCAACGGUCUGGCAUGUCUGCUGAUGCUGCUGAGAUACCGCAGCGCCGUCCCUCGACAGAGCCCCAUGUACCACACCAUCACCGCCUUCUCACUGGUUUCCCUGAAUGCAUGGUUCUGGUCUACAGUGUUUCACACGAGAGACACCUAUCUAACAGAGAAGAUGGACUACUUCUGUGCAUCAGCUGUCAUUCUUUACUCUAUCUACUUGUGCUGUGUCAGGACAUUGGGCUUGCGUAGACCCGCAAUUUCCAGUAUGGUGGGAGUUCUGCUCAUUCUGGCCUUCACGUCUCAUGUGUCUUAUCUGACCUUUGUCAGUUUUGACUAUGGGUACAACAUGGCUGCCAAUGCCACCAUAGGCAUGAUAAACCUAUUAUGGUGGCUGUGCUGGUGUUGGCUGAACCGCAGGAUUUUGCCGUACUGGUGGAAGUGUGGGAUGGUGGUGCUGUUACUGCAUGGCCUUGCCCUGCUGGAGCUGCUGGAUUUCCCUCCACUCUUCUGGGUUCUAGACGCUCAUGCCGUCUGGCACCUCAGCACCGUGCCCGUCCACUUCCUCUUCUACAGUUUUCUCAUAGAUGACAGCCUUCACCUCCUCAACACAGAGAAGCCUGGAGUGAAACUGGACUAGGAGGAAACAGUCUCAGAACCCCAACCCCUCCUCUGAUAUCCUUCCCAUCAGGGCAAGUGUGAGCCGGACCGAGCCAGGCCUCAACCGCAGUGGCUUCCGGCACGUGUCCUGGGGCUGAAGUUUUGAAUUUCGUUCAUUUUCUUUGUGUUUACAUUUUUCUUUUUACCAUAACUUUUUAUUUUUGCAUUGUACAGAAAGGGUUGUCGUUUGGUCCGGUUUUAAAGAUGUGCCACUGUGCUGUAGUAGAAACCUGAUUGAUGUUUGCAUUCACUUGAGCUUUGCCUUCAAUUAAGAAGUAAAUCAGCCUUUAUUAACACAGCACUCUUUUAAAAAGGUGCACUGAAUAAUAAGUAUCUUUGCAGAUCUUCACAAAAGCUGUACAUAUCUCCCAUUCAUAUCCGUCUAUAUUCGUGGUGCUGGAUUUAAUGGCCCUGAGGUGAAAAUAUUUCAGACAUAGAAGCAGAUGGAGUUUUAGGUUUAAAUCCAUCCAUAAGCGUGCUGAAUAUCAGGAGGGGUUAUGACUGAGCAGCAUGCUCUGUUUCUGAGACGUGUGGCGGUUACCUCACUAGGGUGCAAUAUCAGUGGCUACCAGCAGAGAGCGCAGUGCUGAUUAGUUUCCACAUUGCGGGAAGUCACUGUUUGCUGUUCUGUGAAUUCCCAGCAUAGACUUGUGAUGGAUUGGAUGUUUUGUUGUUGUAGAAGUGCAUAUCAAUUUACCCAUUCUGUUUCUAUAGUCAUCACUCACUUUAAUCACUGGAGAUUUCAAAGGAAUUGUCCACACAAAAUGAAAAUUAACAUUUACUCAUGAUCAUUUAGUGAAACACACUGAGUAAAGUUUAGCAGAAUGUUCACAUUAUAAAAAUAAUAGGUGACCAAUAGUGACUAACGAGCUUCAAAAAUGACAAAAUGCACCAUUAAAAGUAUCAAAAAAGUGGUAUAUAUACAGGGUUCGUACAAGGUGCUUAAAGUACUUGAAUUUGAAAUUUAAGGCCUGGAAAACCCUUGAAAAUAGCAAUAUUCCUAACGAGGUACUUGAAAAGUGCUUGAAUUAUUGAAAGACAAUGUAUCUAUGAAAUUAGUGUUUAAUUUUUUAUAUAUCUUAAAUGUCUUUUCAUGCAAUUGGGAAAAAAACCAAAAUAUUUUUUCUUUUAUUUCAGUUAAUAAAACUAGUUAAAAAAAAAAAACAAAUAAAACUAGCCACCUAAGCCAGCUGUAGUACUGACAAUUUUGUGUACACAUGGCUGAAGACGUGAAAAGAGGAACAGAUGAACUGAGUGAGUCAUUUACGCUGGAACCGCUCCAAUUGAUUCAAACUUGUGAUUUCAAGCGAUUCACAAGCAAAAUAAACAAAUCAAAUUAAAAGAGCCAAUCAUUUUUGAAUUUCACAUUGCUUGUAACGAUUUUAAAAAGCACAUAGUGGUGGGUGAAACUGAGUGGGUUUUUUUUUGUUUUGUUUUUUUGAAACUCAGAAUUAGCUUAAACCAUUGCAUCGCAAAGUGAUUCACUGUUUCAAAGCACUCCAAUUGGAUCGCAUAUACUGAAUCAUUUGAUUCAAAUUGGGACUUUAGAUCUCGUAUCACGAAUCAUUUGAUUUCGAUUGGGAAUUUGGAGUUGGUUCGUGAAUCAUUUGAUUUAGAUCAGAACUUUGAAGCAGGUUCAUGAAUCUUUUGCUUCAUAUCGAAACUUUUGAGCAUGGAGCGUGAAUCAUUUGAUUCAGACUGAGACUUUGGUGCACAUUCACAAAUCAUUUUAUUCGGUUCGGGACUUCAGAGCACGUACCACGAAUCAUUUGAUUUAGAUUGAGACUUUGAAGCAGGUUCGCAAAUCAUUUGAUUUAGAUCGGAACAUUGCAUAUCACAAAUUUUUUAUUUAAUUUUUUACGUUUUUUUUUUUUUUUUAAUUUGAUUAAGAUCCAGACUUCAUGAGUGUGUAUCAUGAAUCAUUUUACUUAGAUUGGAACUUCGGAGCAGGAUCACAAAUCUUUUGCUUCACAUCGAAACUUUGAAGCAUGGAUCUUCAGUCAUUUGAUUCAGAUCGAGACUUCGCUGCAGGUUCGCGAAUUAUUUGAUUCAGUUCGGGACUUUGGAGUACAUAUCGCAAAUCAUUUGAUUUAGAUUUAGAAACUUUGGAGCAGGUUCACAAAUCUUUUGCUUCACAUCGGAACUUUGGAGCAUGAAUCAUUUGAUUGAGUGCAGUGCAUUCAAUCAUUUGAGACUUCAGAGCAGGUUCAUGAAUCUUUUGCUUCACAACAGAACUUUGGAGCGUGGAUCGCGAAUCAUUUGAUUCAGAUUAAGACUUCAGUGCAGGUUCGCACAUCAUUUUAUUCAGUUCGGGACUUCAGAGCACGUAUCGUGAAUCAUUUGUUUCAGAUCGGGAUUUCAGAGUGGUUUCACAAAUCUUCUUUUUUUUUUUUUUUCUUAAUGGUUUUUCUAUUAUUUAAUUAAGGCAGUACAGUUAUAAAAAACAAAACCCAGAAAAAAGCAUACACAAGUACAAAAACCAUGGUUCUAAUUUGAAAGAGAAGACAUUGUUUGAUAAGUGAGAUCUCUGAUUAAAGUCCUUGAAAAUCAAAAAUGUAGUGCUGGAAAAGUCCUUGAAAGUCCUGGAAUUUCAUUUUACAGUAUCUGUACGAACCAUAUAUAUAUAUAUAUAUAUAUAUAUAUAUAUAUAUAUAUAUAUAUGUAUAUGUGUGUGUGUGUGUGUGUGUGUGUGUGUAAUUGUGCUCUACGUAGGCCUGUUCACACCAAGAACAAUUACAUAUACCAUGUGCAAAUUCAUCAGUCAACGCCAUUACAAAGCAUUUUCUCCUUAAAAUGCAAUGUGCCAAAGACAGUAUCAAAAAUGCAGUUAGAAACAGCCUGUUUCGUACUAUAACAAACAUGUAACCAAUCCAGUCAUCUUGCAGAGUGGAGCUUUUUAUAUCAUUAUUAAAGCGUUUCUACCUAGGGAUGUCGAUUUUUAGAAAUGUAGCUCUCUAAAAUGGCAAACAGAAGUGGGAACGGGCCCUAUUUCUGUGUGGUAUAUGUAAAUCAUUAUUUAUCAAUAAUUUACUGAAACUCUAUGUCAGGGGUCACCAAACUUGUUUCUGAAGGGGCCGGAAUCCUGCAGAGUUUACCUCCAACUUUCCUCAACACACCUGCCUGGAAGUUUCAAGUAUACCUAGUAACACCUUGAUUAGGUUUGGAGCUAAACUCUGCAGGGACACCGGCCCUCCAGGACAAGAUCUGGUGACCCCUGCUCUAUGUCAUGAUAUGGAUAGUAUGAUUAAAAAAAAUGGUGCUUUGUUGCCAUUAUGUAGGUUAAUACUGGAGCCUUUGGUCACCGUAUGCUUCCAUUUUAUAGAAAAGAACAGCAUGAACAUUCUGCUAAACAUCUCCUUUUGUGCUCCUUAAAGGAAAAUCAUGAGUAAAUGACAGAUUUGUUAUAUUUGGGUCAUUUUUUACAAUCACUCUAGGGGAAUGUAUAGUAUCAGCACCACAGACCUACUCGUUGCCUGAAUAUAAAAUACUGACUUGAUGCUUUUGACAGAAAGAGUUAAAGAGUGGCAUGGUAUGUGAAAGCAAAGAAAUCACUUACUUUUUUGACUGGAGUUUUAUAGUAUGGUUUUUCUCUAUGUUGCUGCUUUAUGUUUUUUCAUUUCCUUAAGCUUUUUAUAUAUCCAAUCACUUUGUGCUUUAUUUUGACAGAUUUUGGUUUGAUUUUUAUUUUCACCAAGAAUGCCUUUGCAAUGAAAAUAUUACAUAGAAUUGGGUUUUCACUGAAGGUAAUGGAAAAGGGAUAAAGAAGGAUUUGUGUGUGUGUGUGUGUGUGUGUGUGUGUUUAGUUGCUGUGCAAUUUGAGCUUGUAGUGCAUCGCAUUUACACACAUUUAUUACUAUAGCAACCUGACAGCUACCACGGCUUAUAUCCUUAGCAAUGUUAUUAAGCUCCUUCUCUUCAGAACUCUUGUCACACUAUGCCUUACAUUUUUAAUCUUUUUAUUGUUCAUACAAGGCAGCACACUUCCAUGUGUGAGUAUCCACAAAUCUCUCACCAUCCUCAAACUCUUACUCACUUGUGCCAGACUAUUUCUUUAUUUUGCGUAUCAUUUUAAAGCAAAUUCACACUUUGACAGAUUCCAGAGUUAUUGUGACUGGAGCCAAAACCACGUUUGAUUGCCUGACAUGUCUUUGUUCCAUAUCAUCACUUGUGCACUUUGUGUAUGUGUGUGUGCGUGCGUGCGUGUGUCAGAACAAGAGUGCAAGCAUGAUCGGCCUGGAGGGUAAAUAUAGCUAUUUAGAAAGGCUAAAAGCGGUAUAGAGGGGGAGGGGACAACAAGGGUAUCCAGAACAGUGAUGGCGCGGGCCGCUGAUCAGACUCAACAAUUCAUUGCAUCUGUCUUUUGAGAGUCUUAAUGAGCAGAAAAUCAGUGCUACAGUAUUUCUACAACAAUGAGGGAGUUUAACCACUAACUACCAUUUUUUAAGCUUGUUUAUUAUAGGGUUAGUUCACCCAAAAAUGAAAAUUGUGCCAUUAAUUGCUCACCCUUGUGUCGUUCCAAACCUGUAAUCUUUGGAAACACAAAAUAAAUAUUUUUUUAUUCCAUGUGACAUUAGUGGUCCAACCAUAAUUUUAUGAAGUUACAAGAAUACUUUUUGUGCUUAAAUAAAGCAAAAUUGUUGAAUAAAGUCAUUAUUUUUGUUUUCUUUGGACGCAAAAUAGUAUUUUCGUAGUUUCAUAAACUAAAGGUUGAACCACUGAUAUCACAUGGACUAUUUUAAUUAUGUCCUUACUAUUUUUUGGGUCUUGGUCGUUGCGUUGCUGUCUAUGCAGGGUCAGAAAGCUCUUGGAUUUCAUCAGAAAUUUCUUAAGUUGUGUUCUGAAGCUGAACAAAGGCCUUACGGGUUCGAAACUACAGGAGGGUGAGUAAUCCCUGCUGAAAAAAACAGCUAAAACCAGCCUAAGCUGGUUGGCUUGUUUUAGCUGGUCAUCCAGGCUGGUCUUAGCUGGUCAGCAGGUUGGUUUUAGAGGGGUUUUGGCCACUUCCAGGCUGGUCUUAACCAAUUGUUUUUUGUUUUUUUUUUUCUUAAAACCAAUCUGACCAGCCUGGCCAGGCUGGGAGACCAGCUAAAACCAGCUACUUCCAGCUUAAACCAGCUAAAACCAGCUUAAACCAGUUUUUUUUCAGCAGUUUUUUAAUUUCAAUGAAAAUUUUUAUUUUUGAGUGAACUAUUUCUUUAAAAUCAUAAUCAAAUGGAAGUAGCAACAGAUCUUUUCUUCUGUAUUGUGACGUAUAUCCGAGUUUAGCGGAUUAACGACAAAAGAAAAAAUGAAGGGCGGGACUUGGUUCUUGAUUGAUUGUAUUUUGAGACGUAGAUCCCGCAAUACGUCACCGGAGGGAAAUCUGUCAUUUUCACUGGAAGAUCCUUUUCAAUUAAACAUUACAUGGUCAAUUUCUUUUGAAAAAUAAAUGCAUGCAUGGAUUAAUUUUUGCAACACAAUCUAUAACAUGUAUUUAUAUGUACAACUGAAUUCUAUAACCAGCAUCUGUAGCAAGUUGUCAAUUACCACAGAAAAUUCAACAAAUUUCCCAGAGAAAUUUUGACAUGUACCAUGCAGAGGGCUUUCGUUAACCGAAAAUUGUCCAUCAUUGACAGGAUUUUUUUUAUCAGUGACGGAAAAAUCUGAAGGCUGUCCAUCACUUUGACAGAUUACACUGAGGGUAUUGUAACUUCCAACUGUAAUUCCCACCCCUGUCCAGUGUAGCAGCAGAGCAUGGGAUCUAGAACAAAAAUGAAACCGUCACAAAUCUUUUGCUAUGCGUUUGAUGACACACAGGCAAGUAACGUUACCCAGAAGCUACAACGACCACAUUAAAGAGUGCCAAAAGGGUAUUUAUUGCUUGAAUUUCCUAAUGAAAUGGACAGAAUUUGAAAUCUGAGACUUGUUUCAUAUUAAAAGUAACACAAAGCUUAGCCUAUUGCGAUUUAUUGGAUAGGAGGUGCACUAUGUACUGUUCAUUCAUCAACUGAAAACAGCAUAGACCAAAAGAUCGAUUGUGAUUUACAAAACGAGAAUAUAUUAAACUCGCUGAUCACUGUUGAACAUGAAAAGUUACGCAGUCUCAUCUGUUCUCUUCAAAAUAAAUGCAUAAGCCUAUGGUCCUGUAGGUUUAUAAUUAAAAAUGAAAAUGUGAACAAAAAUAAAAGCAAUUAAAUGUCUUAUUAUAAUUAAAAUAUGAAAAUUAAAAUGACGGUUGGUAAUAGAUUAUGGCGGAAUUUUUACAACCCUAUCUGUCAAAAUGGACAAAGUUUAAGCAACCUCUGGUACCAUGGUAAAAACAAAAUGUAAUGGAAAUGAUGAAAAAUCCAGAUAUAGUAGUUGGAUCCUUACAACUGACAUCUGUGAGGCCACAUCUUUCCCCUAUAGAUUUCAGUUGUAAAUAUCUAACUCUCAACACAAAUGUUUGUUUGUUUAUACAAAUUGAGGGAGGAGUUGAAAUAUUUUUUCUUUGGUGAUUGACAGAUGCUUCGGGAAUAUUCCUUAAAUUAAUGCAAGAUCCUUUUUGUUGGAUACAACUGUACUAAUUUAUAUAUAUAUAUAUAAAUCCUUUUCACCUUCCCUUAAGACAUUUUUCUUUUUUUUUUUUUUUUUUUAAAGCAGAAUGAAGGUCAUAGAAUAUACUGUCUGCAAAUCCAUCAAAUUAAAACUGUAAAAUAACCUGCAUGCUGAAUGUAAACUUGACCUUUUUUCAUGUUUAAGAAACUAAAAAGAAAUGGAAUGAGAUUUACUGUAUGCCCAAAUUGGUAAUAGGUUAUUUUUUGAAGAGUAUUUCUUCAUUACUUUUUUGACACUGUUGUCUGUAUGUGAUGUAACAUAAGGCCAAACACCAGAGGUGGCUUCUGGGUAUUCUAAUUGUUAAUGUCCCACUGGACUUCCAAAUUCUCCCUCUUUUUCAUUGGCCAGUUUAAUUGUGGCCAUCCACAGGCUUAACAUAGACUUGCCCUGUAUAUCUCUCUUACAUUCACUUUCUCUUCUCACUCUAUCGGUCCCUUUCUCUUGUUCUCUUUCUUUGUCUUGGUAUUGUAUUGCACCUUUCUCCACCAACUGUACACAGAUCCAAAUGUGUAAAAAGAAACCUUGAAGAACUUAAUAAAACUGUUCUCUAUUAA